AUGGCUGCCUCAAAGCCACUCCAGUUCAGACUCAUCUUCUUCAUGUCAAUCGGGCUGUGUCAAUUGGACGCCAAUGGCAACUAUGACGGGUAG